AUGGCCGCGUCGGCCUGGGAGACGAGCUCCAGCCAGUGCUGCUCCUCCACCAACUGCGCGUGCGGCGACCGAGGCCGCUGGAACAACUCCUCGCUGCUGAGCAAGCGGCUCUCGGAAGACUCGGGCCGCCACCAGCUGCUGCAGAAGUGGGCGAACAUGUGGAGCACCGUGAGCCGCGACUCGUCGAACGGGGGCGACGGCGAGAGGCCGCGACGCCAGGAGGCGGGGGCCGCGCCGGCGGGGGCGGCGGCGGCGGAGGCGGAGGCUACGGAGGAGGAGGAGGCGGAGAGGCUGCUGGUGUUCCUGUGCGGCGGCUGCCGGCGGCCGCUGGGCGACUCGCUGAGCUGGGUGACGAGCCAGGAGGACAGUAACUGCAUCCUGUUGCGCAGCGUUUCCGCUAAUGUUUCUGUGAAUAAGGAACAGAUAUUAUCCAAACGUAAAAAUGAAAAUGGUUGCAUUCUGGAGGCUCUGUACUGCACGGGAUGCUCCCUCAGCCUUGGCUUCAUCUACAAAUACACACCCAAAGCUCUGGAUUACAAGAGGGACUUGUUCUGUCUCAGUGUUGAAGCCAUCGAAAGUUAUAUUUUAGGCUCCUCUGAAAAGCAAAUUGUGUCAGAAGAUAAAGAGCUUUUUAAUCUUGAAAGCAGAGUUGAAAUAGAGAAAUCUCUAAAAGAGAUGGAGGAUGUUUUGAAAGCAUUAGAGAUGAAGCUGUGGGAGGUUGAAUCGAAGUUGUCCUUCAGCAGCUGCUGCAAGAGCUGAGCUUUGUUCCAUCUCAGUGUCCCUGUGGUGAAAAAGUUCUUGUCAUUUCAUGUCACGGAGAAUUAACUUUCAAAGACUGUGUUCCCUGUGGUCUCUUGUACUGAACCAAUUAGACUUUGGGGUGACUGCUGUAUUUGAUAGAUAUGAAGUGGAAGGGGUUUUAUUGUGAUAAGAAAUGAAUUUCACCUUUACUCCUUCGGGUGAUAUUUAGUAUUGACUAGUAAGAAAAUCUUAGACAUUAUGGGACUGGAGUGACAGUACAGUGGGUAGGGUGCUUGCUUGACUUGCAUACAGCUGAUUCA